UGUCAGAAAAUAAAUUUCUAUAAAUAUUGACUCGGUGUCUCUCAGCAAAUUUAUUUAAAAAAAUUUAUGAUUAAAUUGGACGGUAUUUUGUGAAAUCAAAAAUGAAUAUCUGCAAAGAGUUGCCAUCCAACGAAGUAGCAAAUUUGAUCCAUGAUAUUAAGCUAGGGAAAAUUGAAGGAUCGCACAGCAUAGCCAGCAAUACGGUAGCAAUUUUUAAGGAAAUCAUAUCGAAAUCUCAUUGGAAAUCGGCCGAGGAUUUGAUGAAAGUGAUCCGAACAGAAGGUCGGAUAAUUGUGGCCGCAUUGCCGACAGAAGCUGUAGCAGCUAAUAUCGCCCGGCGAGUACUCAAACUAAUCCGAGAAGAAUACGAUCUGCUGCACGCCCAAUUCCAUCAGUUUACCGACGAUUCGCAAGCUUCUCUGCACAAAUUGGUGACGCAAACCAGCGAAAAUGAACCGGUGCGAGACUAUUCAAAGCCGCAAGAAGGACUUCGAGCCGCCCUUCUUGACCAUUUGCAGGAAAUCGAAACGGAACUGGAAACGAGCGGAGAAAAUCUGUCGUCACAAGCCGCCGAACACAUUCAUUCAAGUGAAUUGAUAUUGACGUUGGGAUAUUCGCGGACUGUGGAACGGUUUCUGAAAGAAGCAGCAAAACAGAGAAAUUUUGAGGUUGUGGUGGCUGAAUGCUCACCCAGUUGUCGGGGUCACACGUUGGCUGCAUCGUUAGCCAAAUCGAAAAUUGAAACGACUGUCAUAUCGGACGCAUCCAUAUUCGCAAUGAUGUCUCGUGUAAAUAAAGUAAUUAUUGGCACUCACAGUGUCCUAGCUAAUGGUGGAUUACGUGCAGCAUGUGGUUCGCUGACAGUUGCACUGGCAGCAAAACAUUAUUCAGUUCCUGUUAUCGUGCUGGUUCCUAUGUACAAACUAUCGCCCGUUCAUCUGUGCAGUUACGAACGGGAUGCCUUUAACCUAGUCGGAUGCACCGAAGGAGUGUUGCCUUAUAGCUCAAGUACGGCUAAAUUUGUCAAAGCUUACAGUCCCGUGUUCGAUUAUGUGCCACCGGAACUAGUCACGCUGUUUAUAUCGAAUGUUGGUGGUAAUGCACCAUCGUACGUUUAUCGUUUGCUCAGCGAGCUGUAUCAUCCCGAUGACUAUGACUUUUCGAAUAUUCACUUGUAGGACAGUGCAAUAUUCGCCUCCACUCAUUUCACUGAUGUGACUUCGGAAAUAAAAAGAAAAAUUUAAGUUUUUCGCCUGAAUUUGUCUGGAAAUUUGGAGAAAAAACAGAAUCAUCGAAUUUCAUUGUACCUGUGUAGGACAAACAAACAAUUUUCAUGUUGAUCUGCAGGAGGAAUGUUGUAAAAAAAAAAAUUGUUUUUGUAAUAAAUACAACGCGGUGCUUGAUUAUGAUUCAUU